AUGUUGGCACUCUUGACCUGGUUCUCGAUACUUCUGGUGGCUGUUCUUGCGCAAAAUCCUCCGUUUUCCAAUACAUCAAGAAGUACUUCCAUUUAUGCAGCGGCAAAAGCAGAUGGCAUUGACCUGGGAGUUCUACCUUUCGUGGCUGCUGCGCUCGACUCGAUCGAAAGUGCCUAUACGCCAAUUGCACUAACCCCCUUCAGCAAUGCGUCGAGGAUCGAUGUGCACGCUCACGUAGUGCCAGCAUGGUACCGCGCACUCGUCCCUACGACAGGCCAAAGCCCAACUCCGGAAUGGACUUUAGAAACACAAUUCAACGUGAUGCAAGCGGUCGGCAUUCGCAAAAGCGUCCUCUCCAUCUCAGCACCAGGCACUACUGUCUAUGUAAACGAUGAAGUAAAGGCGACCGCGCUGGCAAGGCUACUGAACGAAUAUCUGGCCGCUCUAUCUCGCACUUACCCCUCACAUUUCGAUUUCUUUGCCGUCACACCGCUACCUUAUAUCGAUGCGGCCAUUACGGAAGUCCGGUAUGCACUCGACGACCUGGGCGCCGUCGGUGUAGGUCUCCUAUCCAAUCAUGAAGGAUACUAUCUUGGAAACGCGCAAUUCCAGCCUUUCUUCGCCUCUCUCAACAAUUCUACGAUCGCCAACGCCAGUGAGAUCAUCUUCGUUCAUCCCAACGAGCCAUGUUUGAGAAUACCGAACGGCAAUGGCUUGAUCAUCGCCAAUCCGACGGUCUACCCUGACGGCUUGGUGGAACUCUACUUCGAGUCUGCAAGAACGUUCAUGGAUCUCACACUGGCGUCAACUCUUUCCACUUUCUCGAAGCUCAAUUUCAUUGUCCCACAUGCUGGUGGCAGUUUCCCUUCUAUCAUCAGCAGGAUGCUUUCUCGUCUUUCUCCUGCGGCUUUUGCUGCACAGUUGGAAGUUUUCAAGCAGAGGUUGUGGUGGGACACUGCUGGACCGACUUUUCCUUACCAAGUCAAAGGUCUAUUGGCAUACGGGAUCGGAACAGACAAAUUGGUUUUGGGUACCGAUUUUCCAUAUAUCACUGGCGCUCCAGUGCAAGUGUACACGGGAUUCGCGGACGAAAUAGGGGAGGCAGACUUCUUGAACACGACGGAGAAGGACGGAUUAUAUCAUGGCAAUGCUGAAAAGCUGUUCGGUGCUCGAUUGAGAUGA